GUGACGUCAAUCGAGAGUUAGUGCUCGAUGGAGAAACAGGAAUACACAAUUUGUGUAUUGAAUUGGAUUUUUUACGUUGUUUACAAGUGUCAUUUCGUGAAAUAAAAACCUAGAGCUAAUACAAACAAUGAAAUAGUUCCAAUUGUUAAGUGCAAUAUUUAUGUGAUGUAGAAAAACAACAAAUUCAAUGCAAACAAUUAUUUGAGUAACUUGCUUUGCACGAGCAUAGAUGAAGUGAAAAAUUAUUAUUAUGGACGGGAAUUAUCCCCGAAUGCUGCUUGUUACAGCCAAUGUCGGGUCUAUAUUUGAAGAUCCUGAUCAUAUGCUGAAGAUUUGGCUGAGGGAAUUUUUAAAGAGUGUACAGCAUUAUCAGCCAGGAUUACUUGCCCUUCAUUGUCAGGAAGUUGGUGGUAAAAAUUAUGAAGAUUCCAUGCAACAUGUCAACAAGUUCGUCAAAGCCAUGUUGGGCUGUGAAGAACUGCAGAAGUAUGAUAGAGCAAGAGUAUUUCUUGAUGAGGACUUUACUGCUGCAGACAAAUUCACGGCUUUAGGUAACCUUUACUUCGUCCAUGAAAGUGUAGAAGAUAUAUCUAUAUGGGACUUUGUAGACUGUAAAUUUAUACCAGUUGUUGGAAGAGAGGUUCUCUCAGGGAAUAUAGAAACAGUACAAAUUAAAGAAAAGGCAAAGUUUCCACAAGACUUUUUUCCAGAUUUUAAAUGGUCUAGAAAAGGUUUCAUUAGGACAAGGUGGAAUAUCAAAAAUUGCAUAUUUGACCUUGUCAACAUUCAUUUGUUCCAUGACGCAUCCAAUAUCAUCUCCAUGCAAGAAAGCCCAUCAGUGUACAGUAAAAACAGAAAGGCAGCAUUUAUACAUACUCUUAAGAGGUUUGAGGAAGACCAGUAUGAUAAAGUCCCACAGUUUAUUUUUGGAGAUUUUAAUUUCCGACUAGAUUCUAAUGCCUUAAUAAAUGAACUUACAAAGAAAACCACUUCAAACCAAACAAAAGGGAAGAAAGGGCAGGUCAAUAAAAUUUGUUAUACUGAAGAGGUUAACAAUAAGGUUGUGCUAACAUUAGAAACAAAAGGUUUUGACUGUCAUGAAAAACAUUCAGAAAUCUUCCUUAAAAAAUCCAAACAUUUGCGGAAAUAUGACAAUGAAAUGAUACUUUAUAAAGAUAGAUUAUUUGAAUACGAGAUUAACUUCCCUCCAAGUUAUCCGUUUUCUGAAGAUGUCAGUGAUGGUUUAUCUUAUAUGAAGACAAGAUGUCCGUCAUGGUGUGACAGAUUACUGCUCUCACAUAGUGCCAAAAAUAUCAUUGUACAAAAUGAAACAGUUGUUCCAAAAUAUGACACAAUAGGUAAAGACAGCUGUAUGGGAGAUCACAAGCCAAUAUUUCUGUUCUUCCACUUAAAGAAAAGCCAAGGUAACCUUGAAGACAGUGUUGUUUCCUCCCAAUCCCCCCUGCCUCUUGCAAAGUCUCUCUCUAUUAACGGCAAUAUUGUUGACCCUGUAGACUUAGAGGAUAUUAAUAUUCAUGAUUUUGCUCAAUUUGAAAGUGAACAAGGUCUCUCUCCUGAAUUUAAGAAAAGCAUCCGCACGCGUGGAAGUGGAAUUGAAUUGUCACGCCCAAAUGGAGACAGAAAAAUGUCAUUUGUAGAAGCAGCAAAGCAUGUACAGAAAGUACGCAGCGUUUUACGACAAUGGCCAAAGCGUCCACGUUCACGUCACCAUAGCUCUUCCUCAGAGGAUAAUAUAGAUUCCGACAAUGAUGAGAUUAAAUCCAAUGAGAACAAUAACAUUGCUGGCAGCGAAGACUGUCGAUCAGAAAAUACAACUGUCUCUGAUGUGUCAGAAUCUCCUAGUAACAGUCCCAUUAAAAUAAACACUAAUCCUGGUAUCGGAAACACUAACAUAAAGCAUGUCUCUAUAGAAACAGCCGAGCAUGAUGAGCAUGUGUCACUUGUUAAACCCAGGACAGAAAACUCAACUCAGAAGAUAGAUGGAAAGAGGCAUUGUCCCUGUGUUGUACUGUGAUUGUUCAUGUUUAGUUUAUUUUUACACCAACAGUUUCUGCCCCUGAAUUGUUACAGCUUCCUACUGCGACAGAAGUUAUUAUCCCUAGUACACAAGUGAAAAUUUCUCAUGUUGACACAACAAAAUACAUUCAUAUACGCCAACAAAAUGGAAAAUCUACUCGAGUAUUUAGAGAGACAUCAGUGUGACCAAGAGUUCUAAUUUACUUCAUAUUCAUAGUAAAUCAAUCAACUGUUAUUUUUUUUAAAUUAAGAUUUGCUGAUGAAUGUAUCUAUCAGUACCAUGGAAAGGAAAUAUUCUGUUUAUAAUACCUCAAUAAGACAUACUCUACUUAUGUGUCAUGAUGACAUGUUCUACUUUCUUACUCAAUGCAACAUGUUUACUUAUGUGUCUUGUGACAUGUUCUCCUUUAUACCUGUUAGCAUGCUGACUGUCUUUUUGUUAGAUCUACGGGUUAUGUGAGAGGAUAUUAAUGGUGGGUAUGUGCUAAUUCUGAUUACAGCUCAUUGCAAAAGUGUGCUAACUGUAAAGUUAAGAUGUAGCCAUGUAAUGUGUUAGGUGAAGCUUAUUUGAAAGAAUAGUUGCUGCUUACAAUAUAUAAAAUGAUAAGUGUACACAUUUAGUGCACACACACAUGACACAUAUAUGUUUAGUUUAAUCUUUUUUUUUUAAUUUUUUUUUCAACAAAAAAUUUAAGGUUAUUCUAAAAGAAUAUUGCCUAACAGUAACAAGAUAAGUUGUGUAUGAAAAAUUGGUAGACAAAUUUUAAAAUGAUGAUUCGAUUUAAGAUGCAGAACAUUAUUUUCUGUUUUAGUUACUCAGUACAUAACUAAAACUUAUAUUUGACUCCUCAAAGAUGCAAUAUUUGUUAUUUGAUUGAUGCAAAUAUUUUAAUUAUUUUAGUCAUAUGAAAUUGGUGGGGCAUUAUUUUACACUUUAGACAAUACAAUUUGUAUUGAUUUAGGUAAACACUUUUCCAGUCAUCUUUGUUUGUUCGAUAUGUCAUGGUACAGAAAGUACUGUAAAUUUGUUUAGAGAAAUGUACAUGUAUUUAAUUAUUUAUUUAUACAAAAAUAGUGCAUUUAUUUAUUAUUUUCACAAGUGAUUUUUUAUUUAACAUCACUUUCUAAUAGUAUAAAACAUAUAGCCUCUCUAAAUCAUAAAAUAUAACUUCCUAUAUCUAUGAUAAUAAGUAGAUUAAUAUUAGGUCAACAGGACCAUAAGUACUGGGUUCAUGAAUUUAUAUCUCAUUAAUAUCAAUUUUAAAAUUAUGUAGUUUGAGUAAAUUGUUAACAGCAAAAGUGCAAUAAAACUUUGAUUAAUUAAAAAAGAAUUAAAAAAAUAUGUUUGUGCAUAGGUUGUGAAGGCAAAAUUUUUUUUUUUUUUGGUGGAAGCCUUAACACAUAAACAGUAGUGAUUGCAAAGUUAAGGAAGAGGGGGAAUUUUUUUGGAAUUGAAAUCUUUAACUUCUUGUAGUGUUUAUAUUUGAAAUCCUAAAGUGUUUUGUAAAAAGGUUUUUAUCUCUAUCCUAGUUUAUAUUAAAUGGGCACAUAGUUUUCAAAUGAAAUGGUUCAAUCUGAAAAUCAUCUUCAUAACCCUUCAAUCGUAUAAUCUUUGUGUCAAAUAAAUGUACAUGUCCUCUCACUUUAGACAUAGAGUGCACACGGCAAAGUAACCUCAUUUGUCUGAAAAUUAUGACUUUCAAAUUUAUAUUCAUUGCAACUGAGUAAGUGAGUGGGCUGAAUUUGGCAAAUAUGUGUAUCAAAAUACAUACAAAGUGUGUUUAUAAAUUAAUAUAAAAAACCACUCUUGAAGUGAAUAUGGACUUACAAAGCAGAAAAAAUAAUUGUUGAUCUACUUAACUUCCCAAUAUACCAAUGUUUCAGAAAUAAAAAACUAAAGAUGUGAUACGUACAUAUUAAAGAAUAGAACUUUCAGUAGAAUGUACACUAAAAUUGACAAUAUCUUUACUAUCCUACACUCAAUUUGUCAGAUCAUUCUUACAUUCACUAAAUUUGAUAGUUCAUCCAUUACCAGAAAUAUACCAAAUCAGUAGCAAAAUUUUGCCAAAAAAGUGUAUGGAAAAUUAUACAAAUUAUAUUUAUAUUCCGGCUGUCAAUUCUAAGUUGUGUGUGUAAAUCAAUCUCUCAAAAUUUGAGCAUGUAAAACUUGCAUUAGAAGUAAUAUGUGUGUUAUGAUUCUGAUUAACUUGUUUUAAUUUUAGCAAUAAAUUUUAAAAUGGCCAUAGACUGUAUAAAAGGUAGGGAGUCUACUAGGGACAAAUAGGAAUUGCUUCUAAUGUUAACACAAUGUUUAUUUCAAUAUUAACACAAAAUGCAGCUAACAAAUAUAUCAACAUAACAUAUGCUGCUAACAACAACAUCAAACAAUAAAAGAAUUUCAUUGUCUUUAUAUUAUUUUUACAGUAGGAACAAAAAAGGGAUCUAUUUUAACAUGAAAAUGCUAAGAAAAAAGUUAAUUCGACAUAAUUAAAUUUUUUCUGGGUUUGAUGAAAUUCACAGGUUUUUCAAAUUUUGGUAAAAUGAGAUUCUGAUUUUUUUCUUACAAAUAAGUCUAUGCAUUAUAUGCAGUCAGUUGACAUCUUUUAAACCUACACACAGCUUCCACUAAAUAUAGACCCAAAAAUUCCAGGAGGUGAAAUUCUUUGCUUUAUGACAAACACUUAGAUGUAGAUUCUUUUGGCAAUAAUGAAAUGUUCCAACAUAAAUUCCCAAUAUACCAAUAAUGAAAUGUUCCAACAUAAAUUCCCAAUAUACCAACAACAACAACAAAUGUAUAUUAGAUCAUGUAUUGUUUACAAAAAGGGACAUGUAUUGCAUUCAAAGGUUAUGUCCUCCAUCAUUUUAAUUUUCAUUUAUAACAUUUGAAUAAAAGAUGGUGUAACAAUUUUAUCAUCACAAUGGUUUGUUACUGUGUCAGAAGUUCAGUGAAAAAAAAUUUGACCACUUUGAAGAACGUUCAGAUAUUAAGUAAAAAUUUGAUGAUUAAUUAUAUCUGUUGCUUUAUAUAAUCCAUGAGGUAUAAUAAAAGCUUUUAAAUUCCUGAUGCAAAAGGGAGGUAAUUCUUGAUUAGAAAAGGAAUUAAAAAUCAGGUAUAUAUGACAAAAAGUACAAUACUACAGGGUUGAAAUAUGCAAACAAGGUAAAUGUUAGUAAAUAGAAUUAUAGUACUGUAAAUGAUAAUAGAACUCAUACAGUUAAAUUCUAAAAAUAUGAAAAAUAUGUGACGUUUCAUGAUAAUUUUUGUGUCUGACUCAUUUUGUAUAUUAUAUCUGUUCUCUGAUCAUCAUAUAUUUAUAUAUAGGUGCUUAUUUAUGUAGUGUAGUAGAUUAGUGUACAUAUGUGUAGCAAUAGAGAUCUGUACAGAAUAUUUACUUUUGUUAAUCAGGUAAAACCCUAAUUAGUUACUACUAAUAUGUCGUUGAUAUUUUAUAGAAUCUAUUUAUUAUUAUUUGCAUUGCUUAUUUGUAUGCAUAUCUGUGUUAAUUCUUAUAUCUGUAUAUCAACAUUCUGACAUUGUGAUGGAAGGGAGGUGUAGUUCAUGUUUUUAGUCAGUCUGUUUUAUUUCUUAUAUCUGUAUAUCAACAUUCUGACAUUGUGAUGGAAGGGAGGUGGAGUUCAUGUUUUUAUUCAGUCUGUUUUAGUUGUAUUCUGUUGGAAAUAGUUAUAGAAUAAACUUAUGUUAAGAUUCCGAAAAAAUUCUGUGCAAUUAUAUUUUUUCAUUUGAUGGUGCUGACUUUUUGGUUCUGUCUAUACAACGUUACCAGACACAUGUAGGAACCUUAUUGGAUAUCUUGUAGAAUCAGGCAUAUAGUUGAAAAGAAAAUAGGUUCAAAAUGCAAACAAAACUGAUACUUUGGCUGAAUCCAGGUUAUUGCAUAUUUAAGUAUCACUUUAAACCUAGACAUAACAUGCCAUAUAUAAUAUAUUCUCCACUAAGUCAGAAUUUAAGGUUAACAUUCGAAUGAUAAUUUAUUAUAUAAAAAUCAUAUAAUCAGUUAAUAUAGAACUAUAUAGAAAUUUAUAAGGAAUUAUUCAAAUUAGUAUUCAGUAUGAUUCAGUAUGAGUUAUCAUAUAUAUAAAAUAGGAUAUAAAUUCUUAUAUUAAAUUAAAUAAUCAUUUUCAGUAAUAUGCUAUAAGCUGUCUACAUUUAAUUUCAUCACUAAAUGAACUGAUGAUAAUUUUACUCAGGAACUUUGGUCGAUAGUACAGACAGUACUAUAAAUAGAUUGUUAAAUGUGUGGGGAAAAAAUGAAUUCUGUACAAAUUACAUGUUACAUACUUUUUAAUAUUUUUGUUUGUGCAUGCAGCUGUUCUUUUUACAAAGCAACCAUUGUAUAGCCAUUUACCACAAUGAAUAUUUUGUUUAUAUUUAAUAAAAAUAGGCUAUCUGUGUAGACCUCACUGCAAGUCCAUGACAUAUAAGUUAUAAAAUUUAAUUGCCUUAAAUCUUUCGGGGAUUACCAAAGUGAAGUGAUUAUAGUUUGGUGUGAACUUUUGACACUGGUUAUUUGAAAACUGUAUUUCAAUUUCUUAAUAAGUUAUAAGGGAAUAACUAAUAACUUAAAAGGAUAAUGUUUUGAGACCUGCAAUAGGAUAGAAUAAAACUUCCUCAAAAACAAGAUUUUAAGUGAAAGAGUUACCAAAACAGCUUAAUCAAAUCUCACUUAUUGUAAUAUCUGGACAUAGCAACUCAUGAUAUAUUAAUUAUUUGAGACCUGUAACUCAAUAAGUAUAUAGAGUUUAUGUUGUCUCUAAAGUUAACAUUUUAGUUGUAAAUACUCAUAAUUAUACACUUUAUAUCUUUGGUUUAGAUUAUGGUGAAUGUUUUAUUUUUUUGGUUAUGUUCAUUUUGGCAAAUUCUUUGUGGCACCACACAAACUAAAAUAUCACAAAUUACAGUAUUGGUAGUUCAGCUUUGACUUUAACUGCAACUCCUAUAAUUCAGAACAAAUGACUGUUUACCAUCUAUUGAUUUCUUGGAUGUUGGAUAUAUACCAAAAGUUAAGUUAUUUUUCAUAUUUUUCAUCAUACAAUAUUUAUUUUCUAAUCUUUGAAAUAUGCUUUCUAUAAAUGUAGAUACUUUUAUUGUUUACUAGAUGAUGAUAAAGAUAUUAAUCGUUUCUGCUUUUAUCAAUAGAGUGUUAAAGUUUGACAUUAUCUUUUAUGUUUACACUGUAAUUGUCUUUUACGCAUAAGAUUCCAUAUCUAUAACAAAAAGAUAAGAUAUUUUUCUGAAUUGAUCUGGUCAAGAAAUUGAUUGAUUUUUUAAAAUUUCAGCUUUUUGAGCAUAGAUAGAAUGAAUGAUUAGGCAGUUGUUAAUGCUUAACUGAAGCAAAUAAAAUUGAAAAAGAAAUAUACUCAGUCACCCUGAGAUUGUACUCUUAAGAUUUAAUAUUUGUGUUCCCUGGAUGCACCAUUUCUGUGAGCCAUCAUUAUUUUGCUUUCAUUGAAUAUAACAUGCUAAAAAGUGUAUAUAUUUGUGAGUCACUUGCAAACUUUUUAUUAAAGGGCUAAAGUUUAUGGUUCACUAAGUAAAAAAUACUCUUUUUUAUUUAAUACUAAUAUAAACAGGCAAACAUAGUUAGCAAAUCAAUAAACAUAUAUUUGAUCCUGUUUAAAUUUUAAGAACAGUUAUUUGUGUUGAAACAUUUUUCAUAAAGUCAAAUCAUUGCUUUGUAUAACAAUUAACUAUACUAUUAACUUUAUUAUAAUUUUGGUAUAAAUUGAAAGAUAAUGUAAUUAUGUGCAGUAUUUGUGAUAAGUCGUUAGAUUUAUUUUAUAGCUUGAAAACAAUCAUAUUUGAAAUCCAUUCAAGGUUAUUAAGAACAGUGUACAAUUUGUAUGAUCUUAUUAAUACUAUUAUAAAACAACAUGAACCAGACCUUGUUAAAACCACAUUUUCAUUGUUGUGUUUCAUUUCAGUACUAUUACAGUUUUUGUUAUAUUUUUUCUGUCUUGUUGUAAAUCCAAAUAAACUAUGAAAACUCUUA